AUGCUCGCCUCAGCUGCAAGUAGGUCCUUCUCGAGGAGGGCAAUGAUUGCGGCGGCUGCUGCUGCCGUAGAUGCGGCGGCGGCCGCUGCUGUAGAUGAUGCGGCAGCUGCUGCCGCUGUAGAUGCAGCGGCGGCUGCUGCAGAAGGCGCGGCGGCUGCUGCUGCUGGAGAUGCAGCGGCGGCUGCUGCUGCUGUGGAUGCAGCGGCGGCUGCUGCAGAAGAUGCGGCGGCUGCUGCUGCUGUAGCUGCAGCGGCGGCUGUUGCAGUAGAUGUGGCGGCUGCAGCUGCUGUAGAUGCAGCGGCGGCCGCGGCAGGGGAGGCGGCGGCGGCUGCUGCAGCAGUUGCGACGGCCGCGACUGCAGUCUCUGCCGCGGCUGUUGCUGAAGGCCCGACCGCGGCGACGAAGGCGCGGGGGGGUCGAGCGCAGCACGGAGCAGCGCGACGGGCCGCGCUCGAAGAAAAAAGAGCCGCGCGCGCCGGCGGCUAG